AUGUCCUCGACGGGUUUUGCAGAGUCGUUGCCAACGGCCAGUUCCGCGUCCAAAAAGAAGAACAACAAGAAGAAGAAGAACGCGAGCAAGAACAAGGGCGCGGCGCCUCUGAGCAACGGCGAUGCCUGUCAUGCGGAUAACGAGCCCGAAAUCGACGGCGACAUCGACGGCGAAACCAACGACGCAGAAACCAUCGAUACCGAUGACAUCCAGAAGCUGGACUCGAGCGGCAACGGACAUGUCAGAGAGCAUGGCGGCAGUGGAGCAGAAAGGCCUGGAGGCGAUUCUGAUACGGCGGCCAAGCUGGAGGCCAUGGGCAAGGAGAGAGAGGCCCUGCGAGCAGAGGUGGAGCAGCUUCGCAAGCAGCUCGAGAGCAUCCAGACGACCCACGAGCAAGAAAUAUCCCAAUUGAAGGCGGAUCUUGAAGAAAGCAACGCCGCCAAGGAAGACGCCGAGGAACAGUACACGUCUUUGCUCGGCCGCAUCGAGAAGAUCAAAGAAUCGCUGAGCGACCGGCUGAGGCGCGACAAGGCCGAGCUGGAGCAGGCAAGGAAGCGCAUCGAGGAGCUGGAGGCGCAGAACGAGCACCUCGAGGGCUCGGCCCAAUCCACCGGCGAUGACGUGGAAAAGCUCAAGGAGGAGCUGCAGGACGCGACGCGGGAGCUAGCCAUGCUCCGAAGCCGCAACAACUUGUCAGCCCACAACUGGCACAAGGAGAAGGAGGAGCUCACCAGGACGGUGCAAUAUCUCAAGGAGGAAAUGGAGAAUACGGCAAACGCCAUGGGCGAGUGGGAGGUUUUGGCCAUGGAAGAGCGCUCCAUCAAGGAGAACCUGACCGACAAGGUGGCCGAUCUGGAGGAGCAGCUGGCGACGCUGAGGCAAAACUACGAAGCUGCCGCUGCAGAGCGCGACAGCCAGACGACCCUCGUCGACAACCUGCAAAACGCCCUUCGAGAGAUCCAGGACGCCCGGAAGAAGGAGCUCCGUGACAUGGUGGAGACCACCGAGUCCCAGCUGCAAGCACAGAAGCAGCUCGCCCAACAAGCCGAGACGCGGGCUGCCGAGGCCGAAGAAGCCAAGGACGAAACGGCCAGGGAACUGGAACGAACAGCCCCUUUCGAAAAGGAGGUCAAGGAGAAGAAUCUGCUCAUUGGCAAACUGAGGCACGAGGCCAUCGUUUUAAACGACCACCUGACCAAGGCAUUGCGCUAUCUCAAAAAGACGAAGCCAGAAGACAACGUUGAUAGACAAGUCGUCACCAACCACCUCCUACACUUCCUCACGCUUGACCGCGGCGACGUCAAGCGCUUCCAGGUCCUCCAAAUCAUGGCAGGCUACCUCAACUGGACGGACGAGCAGCGAGAGCAGGCCGGGCUCGCUCGGCCCGGCGGGUCAGCCGGCAGCUUACGCCUGCCGCCCAGCCCCUUCAACCGGACCCCGAGCUCGCCGUCGCUCCACACCGACAUAUUCUCGGAACCCACGUCCGCCAAGGAUAGAGAGUCUCUGGCGGAGCUGUGGGCCAGCUUCCUGGAGAGAAGCGCCCAGGAAGGCGCCGAUGGCGCGGCAAACUCGGCGGCGUCUCGGUCGGCCAGCGUCAGCAGCGUGCCUGCAGCGCGGUCGUCGGCGGCAGGACAAGCCGACGCCAAGACUUGA